AUGUUAAGUUAUAAUGAGGAAUAUCUAUUUGAGGGAGUAAUGUACAAUUUCAAUAAAAUAUAUAAAGUUCAAAAAGAUUCUGAUUUAAUUCUAGUCAAAUGUCCAAGUAAAAAUUAUAGAAAAAAUGAGAUUAUUGAUGUAUUUUCUCUUGAAAAUGAAAUAGAAAAAAUUUCGAGUAACAAAAAUUUAUCCUCUAAAGACAUUACAUUACACAAAAUUUUUUUUAAUUUAAAUGAAGCCGAUUAUUCAUUGAAGAUUAAUGAUUAUUGUAAAAAAAUUACUAUUAGUGAUGGUAUUUUUAAGGGAAAAGUUUUGACAUGGAGUAUAAAUGUACGAUGGAAAUCUGUACCAAAUUUAGUAUCAUAUACUUCAAAAUACAAUAGAAAUAAUUUACAAAUUCCAGAACAUAAAAAUUGUAAGAAUAAAAAUAUUCUUACUUUGGUAAAAUAUACAAAUGAUAGUAUAAUAAUUUAUGAUUAUUUUAAAGAAGUUCAACUUAAUAAUGCAAAAUCUAUAUACUUAUUUGAUAAAGAAAGUAAUAGUAGUUUUAUUGAACCAUGUGGAGUUUCAUAUUUUAUUAAUGAAUAA